AUGGAAAGUGCCAGCAAGCGAAACCAUCGGUACAGGUGUGAACUUUGCCAGCAAACGUUCAAACGACGCGAUGAGCUUGAUAGGCAUAACUUUUCGCACACCGGUGUGCCCGCGUACCCUUGCCUGGAACCGGGCUGCGGUAAAGGAUACUCCAACCGGUCGCAUCUGCUACGGCAUACGCGGACAGCCCAUCUCGAUCGACCGGUCUCAACGCACCCGGACGUAGACUGCAAGCAUCCCAACUGUACGAUGAAAUUUGCCAGCCAGCACGCCAUGAAGCGUCACUACCAGGUAAAGCACGUCCUUGGCAAACCGUACGCGUGCGAUGUCUGCAGCGAGCGGUUCUGGCGCAAGCUACAGUUAAAGCGGCACAAAGUACACCACACCGGUCAGUAUCCACACCGUUGCGAACACUGCAGCCAAGGUUUCGUAAGUCUCAGAUCGAUGCGAAAUCAUCGCUGCAAGCACAACGCACAGAAGUGUACCGACUGUCCGAAAGAGUUUCUUCGCUGGUCCGAGCUGGUCGCCCAUCGACGCCUGGAACAUCCGACCGAGUUCCGGUGUGAGCAGUGUGACAAGCUGUUCCACACCAAGCGCAACCUUAACCUGCACGGUCGCGUACAUCGUGCGCAGGACGAGCGUAUGGUGUACGAGUGUCCACAUGCCGGCUGUCCCCGGUUUUACGAGCACGCGCGGAAUCUCUACGCACACGUACGCGCGAAACACGACAAGCGGGUGGAGCACGUGUGCCCGGUAGCGGAAUGUGGACGGCUGUUGGCAACGAAACAGAAGCUGGACCAACACCGUAAGCUGCAUCUGCGUGCAUCGAAAACGAAAUCGGUGUCGAUGGAAGCAGGAUGCAGCAAGGAUGUGGCUGCCGGACCGGUGUGUUCUGCUACGGUGGCCACUAGCGAGCAGGGAGCCGUACCGGCUUGCGUUCCGGUAUCGCCCGAGCAAAAGAAUCAGCUUACAGAAAGAGACGUUUCUACUGAUUCCGAGGUGGAGACGGUGCAGAACUUGCUUGAGACGCACCUAGAACUCUUAAGCACGCAGCUCGAUACGUUACAGUCAGAUUUAACUCCAAUUUAG